GGGUAUAACUCAUUAGCUAGCUCGACCGCCGGACGGAUUACAGCAUAAACCCUGCUCUAGGGUUUUAGACAGGAAAGGGGAAAAAAAAGUACAGAACUUUGGGAGAAAAUCUGCUUUCAUCACCUGCAAAUCUGCAAUGGCCUCCUCAAUUUCGCGGAAAUUGCGCCUCCACCAAAUUCAUUUCUUCAAUCGGUUGGUUUCUUCAAAAUUCCACAGCACUCCCAUCAAAUCGCUCCAGAGGCCAACCCUGAUUCAGGUCCCUCCAGAAACCUUCGUCGAUUACCAGCAUAAAUUGCUGCGCACUUUCCCGGCGAGUCAUCGGAAUCUGUGCACGGCGGCCACAUCUGGUGCGAAUCAACCGGCGAGCUCGAAUGUAGGUUCAGCUCCGUCUAGUGGGUCUGCGGAGGGUAAUUCUGGAAAUAAGAAUGAAGAAGGGCAGCGUUCAGGUGGAUCGCAGAAUACUUCUCAGGAAGGAAAGCCUAUCCGAGGAGGGCCCGUCUCAUGGAUGAGCUUCUUUUUGCUUCUUUGCACUGGAGCUGGAUUGGUGUACUACUAUGACAGGGAAAAGAAACGCCAUAUUGAAGGGAUAACAAAUGCCUCGACUGCAGUAAAAGAGGGACCAUCUGUUGGGAAGGCGUCUAUUGGUGGCCCGUUUAGCCUCAUUGAUCAUAAUGGGAAACCCGUUACCGAUAAGGACUUCAAAGGAAAAUGGAACUUGAUUUAUUUUGGAUUCACACACUGUCCUGAUAUAUGCCCAGAUGAGCUACAAAAGAUGGCAGAAGCAAUCGACAGAAUCAAAGAGAAGUCUAAAGUGGAAGUUGUGCCAGUCUUCAUAUCUGUUGAUCCGGAAAGAGAUACUGUUGAACAAGUUCGAGAGUACGUCAAAGAAUUUCAUCCGAAAUUAAUUGGGCUCACUGGUUCACCGGAGGAUGUUAAGAAAGCCGCACGAGCUUAUCGUGUGUACUAUAUGAAAACGGAAGAAGAAGGUUCAGACUAUCUUGUGGAUCAUUCUAUUGUCAUGUACCUAAUGGAUCCAAAUAUGGAAUUUGUGAAGUUCUUUGGAAAGAAUUAUGAUGCUACUUCGCUUGCAGAUGGAGUAAGUGAGGAGAUAAAGCGGCACAAGAUAGUGAGAGCAUAGAUUGUCAGGCAUUUUUCCGACUUAUUUAAUUUUAUGCUACAUUUUUGUGACUUCUCUUAAAGAUAUAUGCUCCACGAGAGAUUGUUUCAAUGCAGCUAUAUUUGCUCCAUUCCGUAUGCAUAAUAAAGUUAUAAGUUGUCAAAUCGCAGUUUGUUUUUAUUAUUGUGACAUUCGCACACAGAUGUGGAAUUUUUUCAGUUUCAGGUCACACAAAAGCAAGUCUUCUACGUUAUCAUCUUUUUACCUAUUGUCCAAACAUAUGAUAGAUUAAGAUGUAUGCGUUAAAAAACUUGUGUAGCUACCUCAUGUCUGAAAGCUGUGAUUUGACAAAUAUAUGUGACAAUCAUAGAGAUUCAAAGGUUCCGUGUGGUUGUCAACGAAAUAUUG